ACGUACGGUAUAGAAAGCCGCUAGUCUACAAAGGAAACACAGAUCAUGGCAACAUGAUAUCCACCAAAGAAAUGCUCAGCGAGUUUCUUGGCACUGACCUGUCGCCUUCUCGAUUCAACCCUGGCACCCCAACUGUUAUUGCUGGCGUGACGGUUCCCGCGAAACCCAUCGAACCAACUAACUGCUGCCAGAGUGGAUGUAUUAACUGCGUCUGGGAGAUUUUCAACGACGAUGUCAUGGAAUGGCAAACUGCACGAGAAAAGGCCGUCGCGGCGUUGGAAGCGAAGGGCGGGACCUGGCCCGAGGGGAUUGAGCCGCCAAGCUCGUUAAAGCCGCAGAACAUGUCAAACACAAUGCAUCAGGAGUCGAAGAAGUUCGGUCCUAAAUUGCAGAAGAAACCAGUCGUUCCUGUUGGAAUGCUGGAGUUUGCAGCCAUGGAAAAGAGGAUAAAGAAACGACAGCAGGAACGGUAGGCGUAAGAACGUUCCAGCCACUUGAAGCGCUUCAAUGGCGUUCUAAACAUAGUCUAGUAGUACUAAAGACGCUAUAGAGUCGUUAGAUCGGCGUCAAAGAAGAUAUAGAGUCAUUAUCAACACAAACAGCAUUUUACAAACCAGCUA